AUGGCUACUAUAACGCGAUUACUUCGGCCUGAGAAGUUUGAAGCGGAUCCAGGUACACCCGCUGCGGACUUGAAAUACCUUCAUUGGAAAGAAACGUUCGAGAACUAUCUCGCUGUAGAAAUUGAAGAUGUUAAGGUAUCCGAUAGUACUAAACUAAAAAUAUUGCUUAACAACGUAUCUUCCAAUAUAUACUCAUUUUUACGGAAUAUUAAAGACUACACUAAAGCAAUAAGAACGUUAGAUGAGAUUUACCUGAAGCCUAAAAACGAGAUUCAUGCUAGAUUCAUAUUGACUUCCACAAAGCAGAAACCUGAAGAGACCGUAGGAGAUUUUUUACGAAAUUUACAGCAAUUAUCUUUCAAUUGCAAUUUUAAAUCUGUCACUGCCGAAGAAUACAGGAACGACUAUGUGCGCGAUGCUUUUAUAGCCGGUAUACAUUCUCAAAAAAUUAGACAACGAUUGCUGGAAAAUCUUGAGAUUUCUUUGGAAGAGGCUUAUAAUCAGGCGACAUCUCUUGAAAUGGCAGAAAAGAAUUCAAACGAUUUCAAAAUUAACACUUCAAAUUCUGCUAUGGACCUGAACCAGGUAGAGAAUAUCAAUUUACGAUCCAACAGCCCUAAUCUAGCUGCAACGUCAUCACGUAAACGUUGUUUUUUUUGUGGUGGCAACGUACACCAAAGAAUUAAAUGUCCCGCUUUUCGUGCUACUUGCCAAAUCUGUGAAAAGAAAGGACAUUUUGCGAAAGUUUGCAGAAGCAGCUAUGUGUCAAAUAAACUGGUUAAUAACGCCAUAGCAGAUUCAAAUGAUGAAAGGCUAUCAGCAAUUUUAGCAGCAUCGCCAGCUAGUCUUCGGAAAUGUACUGUACCUAUUACUAUUAACGACUGUAAAGCUGAUGCUUUGAUAGACAGCGGAAGUUCAACGAGUUUCAUUAACAAGAACUUUGCUGAAUUAUUACGUCUAAAACGCCAUCCCUGGAAAGAAACAGUAACUUUAGCUUCAAAGAAAAAUUGUUCUCAUGUAGAUGGAUAUUGCACUGCUACGAUAAAAUUAUGUGAACACACAUACAAACAAAAGUCUUUGUAUAUAUUAGAAGAUCUAUGCGCUGAUGUAAUCAUCGGACACGAUAUAUUACAGGACCAUUCCUCCGUAGAGAUAGAGUUUGGUGGUCCAGCUAAGGCUUUAAAAAUUUGUAACGUUAUGGCGGCCGCAGUGCCUCCAGUUUCACUAUUUUCGAAUCUUUCAUCAAACAUAAAACCUGUUGCUAUAAAGUCAAGAAAAUAUUCAGAGGCUGACAAUCAAUUUAUAAAAGACGAAAUUGGUAAACUUCUAAAGGAUCACGUUAUUGAACCAAGCAACUCGCCUUGGAGAGCUCAAGUCUUAGUUACCGGAGGAACGACACAUCGGAAACGUCUCGUUAUCGACUAUUCAUUAACUAUCAACAGAUACACUGAGCUAGAUGCAUACCCGUUGCCUAAUAUAGAGUCAAUAGUUUCGGAAGUAGCAAAACACAAUUUUUUUAGUCAAAUUGAUCUAAAAAGCGCUUACCACCAAAUACCGAUUUUGCCGAGUGAAAAGAAAUAUACAGCCUUUGAAGCAUGUGGGAAUUUAUACCAGUUUACUCGAAUACCAUUUGGUGUUACCAACGGAGUCGCUGCUUUCCAAAGAACAUUACAAUAUGUCAUUUCUAAGGAAAAACUGACGGGUACUUUCGCUUACCUCGAUGAUGUCACAAUCUGUGGUAAAACGAAAGAAGAACAUGAUCACAACCUAAAGCAAUUCAAAAAGGUUGCAGAAAAAUAUAAUCUCUCAUUAAAUGAAGAAAAGUGUAUAUACGGGCAAGAAUCAGUCAAAUUGCUCGGUUAUGAAAUCAUAAAUAACUCGAUUAGACCAGACGAAGAACGUCUGCGUCCUUUAAUAAACUUACCGAUUCCAAACGAUUCUCAAUCUUUAAAACGAGCUCUGGGCAUGUUUGCACAUUACUCUAAAUGGAUCAAAAAUUUCUCGGAAAAGAUUAACCCUUUGACAGCAAUCACCGAGUUCCCUUUGAACGAAACUGCUAUUAAUUGUUUCCAGAAAUUAAAGUCGGAUAUAGCGAAAUCUGCUUUAACUGUCAUUGAUCCGCAUGAAACCUUUACCGUGGAAACUGAUGCCUCUGAACACUCAAUUGCAGCUUCACUUUCACAAAACGGUCGUCCAGUGGCUUUCUUCUCUCGUUCUUUAAACGACUCUGAGCGUCGCCAUUCCUCGAUUGAGAAGGAAGCGACCGCUGUGGUUGAAGCUUUGAGAAAAUGGCGACACUAUCUAAUCGGGAGACACUUUCGUUUGAUAACAGACCAACGAUCAGUUUCUUUCAUGUUUAACCAGUCUCAUAGCAGUAAGAUCAAAAACGAAAAGAUAGAAAGAUGGCGUCUUGAGCUAUCCAAUUAUAAGUAUGAUAUAAUAUACCGUCCAGGUAAAGAAAAUGUUACAGCUGACACUUUGUCACGUAUCUGUGCCAGCUCAACGAUAAGAAGUUUGAACGAAUUACAUACUCUUUUAGGACACCCUGGUAUAGUACGGAUGACACAUUGGGUGCGCUCGAAAAAUUUGCCGUACUCGGUAGAUGACAUAAAACGAAUAACAUCGGGCUGUCGUAUAUGUGCCGAAGUCAAACCUAGAUUUGUGAAAAAGCAAGGGACUCUUAUCAAAGCCACUGCACCAUUCGAGCGAUUAAAUAUUGAUUUUAAAGGGCCUCUACCUUCUACUACAAGCACUCGCUACAUUUUAACAAUAAUUGACGAAUAUUCCAGAUUCCCAUUUGCCUAUCCAUGUAAAGACUUAUCAGCGGCCACUGUCAUGAAAUGCUUAAAAGAUUUAUUUCUUACUUUUGGUAGUCCACAAUAUAUUCAUUCGGAUCGUGGAUCGGCUUUUAUGUCUGAAGAAUUACGGUCUUACUUGGUGUUGAAUGGUAUUGCUUGUAGUCGUACUACACCGUAUAACCCACAGGGAAAUGGCCAAGUUGAACGCCUUAAUGGCACUUUAUGGAAGACAAUAAAAUUACAUUUGAAGACGAAAAAUCUUGACGUAGAUCAUUGGCAGGAUGUUCUACCAGCCGCUCUUCACUCCAUCAGAUCAUUAUUAUGCACCACUAUUAAUGCUACUCCGCAUGAAAGAUUCUUUAAACAUCCUCGUAGAACAAUAGAUGGAGAAUCAUUGCCAACAUGGCUCCUGGAGCCUGGUCCAGUGUUAAUGCGAAACAAUCACAGACAAUCAAAAUACGAUCCGGAGGUGGAAGAAGUAGAGCUUAUAGAAGCUAACCCUUCUUACUCUCACGUAAGACUAUCAGAUGGGCGCGAAGCUACUAUAUCGAAUAGGCAACUCGCGCCUCUGCCAACACCAGAAAAUGACCCAUUUGAAUCUCGGGAUCAUUCAGAACCUGCAGGAGGUAAUGAAGUUGUGAGAACGGAUGAAGCUACUUCUCUUCGGCGAUCCUCAAGAGAAAGGAGACCUCCAGUUUGGUUGAGAGAUUACGAAACCUAA